AUGUCCACUGGUUUAUGUAUUCUGGCUGUGGUGCGAUGUCCACUGGUUUAUGUCUUGGAGCUGCGAACUAUGGUGUUAAGCUUGUAACAAAAUGGGCAGUGGAUUUCAAUAGAGAAGCAUGUGAUAGCUUGAGAUGGAAUCAUCCAGAGACGCAGGUCCGAAAUGAAGCUGCUCAGGAUUUUUUGUGCCUUUUCAAGGAAUGGGAACACCUUUGUGUCUCUUGCUCUGUGAUAACAAAAAACUCAGCACCACAUCCUUGCUUGAAUAUUUGUAAUGAAGAAGAAGAAGAAGAAGGGACUACAAGUGAUACAGACAAUGAAGUAUAUGAAGUUGAACAAGUAUUAGAAAAUUUCUUUGGGGAUCCAAAGAAAACUGGAAAGUCUGGAUUGCACUUCAAGAUACGUUGGAAAGGUUAUGGCGAAGCUGAUGACACAUGGGAACGCAUUGAGGGUCUGAGUGGUUGUGAGCAGAAAAUGAAGGAGUUCAUUGAGAAUGGGUUUAAAGCAAGUAAAGACAAUUAUAUUUGUAAAAUCGUUGAGAUGUUUGAGGAUUUAUUUGGAAUGCGUUAUUUCAUGGCUCAAUGGUUCUACCGAGCUAAGGACACUGUUAUUAAAUCACUUGACAAGUUCAUUGAGAGCAAGCGUGUUUUCUUAUCCGAAGUUAAGGAUGAUAAUCUCAUCGAUUGCCUUGUUCGAAAGUUGAAUAUAGUUUGCUUUCCUCCCAAUGAGAAUAUCAAGUCUAUAGAAAGGAUCCCACUUGAGUGCGACUUUUAUAUUGAUAUGAUGUAUCAUGUACCUUAUUCAACAUUUAUAAGCUUUCCACAUGCUGAAGCUGUCAGAGAAUUGGAUUCAAUUAUGUCUAGUGAAAGUAGCACCGCAGAAAUAAAAGAACAUGUAUACGAAAACACCCUCCUUGAUUUGUAUUCUGGCUGUGGUGCGAUGUCCACUGGUUUAUGUCUUGGAGCUGCGAACUAUGGUGUUAAGCUUGUAACAAAUGGGCAGUGGAUUUCAAUAGAGAAGCAUGUGAUAGCUUGAGAUGGAAUCAUCCAGCGACGCAGGUCCGAAAUGAAGCUGCUCAGGAUUU